GCACGGCAGGUUUGCGGACGUGGCGGCGGCGUUGGCGGCGGUGGAGGUGGAUAGGGGCAACCGAAAACGGAGGCUCGGCUAUGAACUUGCCGGGGACAUCAGCAGUGGCGGUAGAUCUGGUAGCUGUCUCCUUUCUACGGGCCCCCUGCUAACGGGACAGGCUUUACCAUUAUGGCAGGAAGGCAUCAGAAUCAUAGUUUUCCUCUUCCAGGAGUUCAGUUGAGUGGUCAAAUACAUGCAUUUGGAAAUUGUAUGGACAGCGAUACCUUGGAAGAGGAUGCUGAAGUAUAUGAGCUUCGAUCCAGAGGAAGAGAGAAAGUCAGAAGAAGUACAUCGAGAGAUAGACUCGAUGACAUUAUUGUAUUGACGAAAGAUAUACAAGAAGGAGAUACUUUAAAUGCAAUAGCCCUUCAGUACUGUUGUACGGUAGCAGAUAUCAAGAGGGUUAACAAUCUCAUCAGCGAUCAAGACUUUUUUGCUCUUAGAUCCAUCAAAAUUCCAGUAAAAAAGUUUAGUUCCUUGACUGAAACACUUUGUCCUCCAAAAGGAAGACAGGCUUCACGUCAUUCAUCUCUUCUGUACUCUCCAGAACAACAGGAAAUUUUGCCAGCUAAUGAUUCCUUUUCUUCCAGUGAGUCAGCUGGUAGCUUUUUAAAAGAAGUAGACCGAGACAUAGAACAAAUAGUAAAGUGUACAGACAACAAGAGAGAGAACCUUGAUGAGGUGGUGUCUGCCUUGACAGCACAGCAAGUACGUUUUGAACCUGAUAACAAAAACACUCCACAACGUAAGGAUCCGUACUAUGGAGCAGACUGGGGAAUAGGGUGGUGGGCAGCUGUGGUGAUAAUGCUGAUAGUAGGCAUAAUAACGCCUGUAUUUUACUUGCUGUAUUAUGAAAUUUUAGCUAGAGUGGAUGUUAGUCACCAUUCCACAGUGGACUCUUCACAUUUACAUUCAGGGAUCACACCCCCAUCCCAGCAGAGAGAAGUGGAAAAUGGAAUUGCUCCAACUAAAGGAAUACCCUUUAGCCAACAAGAGGAUCAUAAACUCUACCGUCAAGAUUCUCAGCCACUUCCUGCUCAACACAAAACAUAGCAGUGAGCUCCUGAUCACAGAGUUCAUGGUCGCCUGUGUGUAUCUGCAUUGUGGUAAAUCACUUGUAUCCGGUAACCACUGCAAAGGCAGAAUUUAGGGAGAUUGAAGAUGCUUUUCACACCUUUAAAGAUUUUUUUGAGCCAUUUAACAAGUAUUGUGUAUAAAAAUCUCUACAUUUUCUGCUUGAUAUUAAGAGCAGUCAUUUCAUGAAUGUGGUUUAUUAAUGCUUAAAGCAGAAAUGAAUUUAAAUGUGUGUUUAGGGAGUUCUUGGAAGACGUAUCAUUUUUCUUAAGACUAGUUACGUUGAAAUUAUUUUUUAAAGAUUUUAGUUUAAGGUUAUUAAGAUUAAAUUUACAAAGCAGAAGAAUAACAUCAGAUGUCUGCAACUGAACAAAAUUUACUGUGAACCACCAAAAUACUUAGUUGAAAAAAAGUUUGAUUCUAAAAUUCCUUAUGAUAGCACAUACUUAACCCACCAUUUUGAAAGUGUUAGUACGUGCUGUGAAAGCAUAAGUAAAAACAGAAAUUGGAACAUAAUAGAUAAUUUCUGAAAUAGAGGCUCAGAAAUAGAUUGAUUUUAAGUUCCCCAGAUAACAUGUUGUUGGGAAGGUGCUGUCUGGUCAUGAGAACACUGGAACAGGUCAAGAUCUAAAGGUAGUUUUUGUGUCUUAAAGAAAGCUUUAAGAUAGACCUUUUUUAAAACCUCACUUCUGCUUCCGUUUUUAAAGUGAUUAUAUUUGCCUCUGAUAUUUGAAAGCACUUUUAUAGUUUGAUAAAAAGUGUUACACAGAUUAGCAUUAUUUAGGGGAUAAUUCCUUAAAUACUGUGAUAAAUCCUUGCUGUGUUACAUAUAGUAACAUGCCUUAAUUACAUUUAAUGCCUUAUAAUAUUACUUCUUGUAAGUAAAUAUAAGUUUUAAAGUUAAGCACUAUUUCAGAUGGUCUAGUUAGACUCACGCCAGUCUGUAUCACUUCAUCUCCACCUUCACUAUCAAGCACAAGUUACUUGGGUCAAAAACAAAUCUUUAUUGUCUGCCUCUGAGGUCUAUAGAAGAAAAUGGUUCAUUGAGCAAAAAUAGGGGAAGCUUAGACUUUUUUUUUCCUGUUAUACCAUCAAAUUGGGGAAACAGAAGCCAUAGGAGGUGUGGAUUGUUGGAAGGGCUUGCUAGUACCACAGUUUAAGAUCUGUUAAGUCAGCCAGAGUCUGGCUAAAUAAGCAUUUCCAUACUCAGUCCAUCGUUUAAUUUUUAAAAGUAAGUGUUUUUAAAGUGUAACCAAAAUGAUUCAAUAGAAAUGAGAUUUGGUGGAGUCUGGAAUGUUUUGUACAUAAUAAAGUACAUACUUUAAGAUA